AUGAAUGGCAGUCCUGUGAAGCUCGAAAAUAAUAUUAGCAAGAGCAAGAUUGGAAAAACAGGAUUUUAUCAACAUGCUCGACUUGAAUCAAUGGUGUCACUUAUAUUCCUCAUGUUGUACACCGAGUUGUCACCAGUAAAAACAAUGCGUGAUGACCUUGCCGGCUUAGUUGUAUCUGUGUGCAAAAUUGUGAGGCACUCGAAUGUCUUCAAUUUUACUCAUGAAGUAUUUUCUAGAAUGAAAAAAAAGUAUCGCUCGUGGUCUGAAUGCUUAAGUCUUCGGGAAGUUAAGCCGUUAUUAGUUUGGACAAGUGAUCCACACUUUGUUGUGAAUUUUCCAAAGACCUUGAAACGCCUUGAGCACCCUUGUAUAAUAAAACUGAAAGAAGUCAUUCGCGAAAAGGAUGAACUCUUCUUUGUAUUUGAAUAUAUGAAAGAAAAUUUGUAUGAAAUGAUGAAACGCAGGUGUCUAGUGGAUUUUUUUCUUAUCUGUGCAUCAAUUAACCUCUUCAUUUCGGCUCUCAGCAAAAUAUUUUAUAGAAAAAAAUUAUUUUCUGAAGACUCAGUUCGUAAAAUCACCCGACAAGUCUUGGAUGGACUUGCGUACAUGCAUAAACAAGCUGUGGACGCUUUCCGCCUGUUUGCCUUAUUGUUAGCUCCCACAACAGUUUUAUCAGCAAGGGAUUCAUUCUUUUAUUCAAUCUUGGUUGAAUUUGCUUUGAGUAUUGUAUUGUUUUUUAUCCAAAGCAAGACCUCCCACUUGUUGUUGGGUUUUAUGCGUGACAAAAAUUACCGAUAUAGCGAUCACUUUGUUUUAAAUAAAUCCGAUGAUUUUUUAUCACAUAAACCUAACUCUCUUUAUGACAUGAUUUUUAUGAUUCGUUAA